AUGAGGAGCAAUGAGUAUGCAUCCUUCUACUCACUCAGUAUCCUUGUGUUUGGGUGUGGAGAGAAGACUGGGGCUGGAUUCCUUGAUGAGAAAUGUCAGAAAUACCAGGGGAGAUGUGUGAGUCAGUGCCGGAAAAAUGAAGAGCUUGCUGCUCUCUGCAACAAGUUUCAGAAAUGCUGCAAGCUGAUGGAGCCAUGCCAGUGA